CUGGACUUUUUCAGGUGAAUUAUUAUGCUGUUCAUACUUUUCCGUUUACACUCACUCAGAGCGUCGCCGUUACCUCUUUUCAACUCUGAUUAGCUUCCUCUUGCGUCUGAGGCCGGGGAAGCGCUCAAUUUCCGUCAAAGCACUUGAUCCUCACACGCAAACUUUGCAGGCGCUUAUUGCCGCCCUCGAGUGUCGAGAAACAACGGUGGACGAAACCUGCAGCGAUGAGGCAGGCGCCCAACAUUGUUGUCACGGGCACGCCAGGCGUGGGGAAGACUACACAUUGCGAAAGUCUCGCCGAAAAGACAGGUCUGCGACACAUAUCGGUCAACCAGGUGGUCAAGGAUAAGCAGUGCCAUGAAGGCUGGAGUGACGAGUAUCAGAGUUGGAUCGUCGACGAAGACAAGCUGCUCGAUGCCAUAGAAGACGAUGUCGCGGCGGGAGGCUGCAUCAUCGAUUGGCACGCCUGCGAUCUGUUCCCCCGUAGCUGGAUUGACCUUGUUGUCGUGCUACGGGUUGAUUCGGCGACCCUCUACGAUAGGCUCAAGGCAAGAAACUACGCCGAGGCCAAGCUCCAGGAGAAUCUCGACUCGGAGAUCAUGGAGGUACUUCUGCAGGAAGCGAGAGAAGCUUAUGACGCGGAGGUGGUUAUUGAGCUGACGAGCAAUACCUCUGACGAGAUGGAGAGCAAUUUGGACCGUAUCGAGGCUUGGGUGAAACAAUGGAAGAUAGACAACGAGCAACGAUGACGAUGUGGUGUUGAUUUACGACUCACAAGCCAGCCACUGCGCCGUUGAUGUCCUCACAAACGAUUCGCCCAACACCACCUUCUCAUAGCCACCCAGCCAAAUCCUUUUCCGUAGUAACAUGAGAGGUAGCAUUGCUGGCGGAGCGACGGUCUCCCCACAGUGCCCGCCUGGGC